CUUGAGACGAGCGGAUGGCGAUUGGCCAUGCCCCGCUGCGAAAGAUAAGCUCAUAUGCUAAGAGCGAAUAAGAUCUACCAAGCUUUUGAUAAGAGUGCGCUUGUUCAACUGGCCGCGUGUCUGGACGCCCGUAUGGUGCGUUUAGGAAGAUGGGGAUGGUCACUGAGUGGUCGGGGGCCUUUUUUGAGGCGUCUGAACUGCUUGAUUUCGUCCGACAUCGUCUUUGGAGGAAACUCACAAGACUUUAAGCACAUAGAUGCUUUCCUCGUGCUCUUUCUGAGGGCUACGAGAUUUCUUCAAUGUGAUGAAUCUCGUGGGCAAUGUGAUUACGUCGAAGGAGGCGAUACUAGAACUCGAUGGCCAUGCUCGUUAGGCCACAUACGACCACGGGGGAAAAUCGUUCUCAGAGACUAUGCAUUGCUUCACCGUUUGUCGUCUCCACAUUCAUUCACUACCUUUGCUCGACACAUCAUGUUGCUUUUACAUACAUAUCCGUUGGAAUGACUGUUACUCACUCUGAGAUGUUUUGCGGUGCACACCACAGGUUGAGACCUUCAUUUUUGGUCUCGAGAAUACUAAAGUAUCCACGGAAUAUGUGCCCCCGACCAUCAAGUUUCUCGUCACGGACAUUAUGAGAGUGCAUGCUUUGCAUACUCGUGAGAGCGAGAGGCGAAGAACUGUGGGUUCUCGGGCCAAUGUCGUCGACCCAAUUGGAAUCUGCCAUCAGGGUUUAUUCACAAGCAAGUGUCGAUGGUCGGUGUUCAAGUGUCAACCGAGUUUAAUUCUGUACGUCUCGCAUACACCUCCAUCCCCUUGCGCGCCUUUCUACGCGUGGGGAUUAAAGGGUGCCUGACACGUGAACGGAGACGGAUACAUGAGACCGACUAUGCGUUCAACAUGGAUCUGGGAUAUGUUGGUCUCCUACUCGAACCACCCGGGACAGCUAGCUCCCCGCCUGUCUUUCUUGGUGGGAGUCUCUACUGUAACACGCUCCACGUGAUCCGCAUCAGGAUCCAUACGAGUGAAGUCUCAUGGCAAUCCAUUGUCCAAAUACAGUAUGGUGGCAGGAAAGUCAAGAGGAUGAUACUCCCGUACGGAGUAGGUUAUCGCCAACAGGGUUGACAUGAUGAAGAUGAUGUCUUCUAGUGGUAGGACAUGCGUGCGCGGAUACUCGUAUGUGCGUGCAUCGGGUGAGAAGUAGAAGAGAACUCUCCGACAGGAAUGUAUGUUCAUUGAGUGGUCCUCGAGGAGUACGCGGUGCUUUCGUGUUGAUAACAAUGAUUUGGGCCCCAUCUGUCGGUACGGGUCUAGGGUUAGGUAUCGGUGUUGUCAUCUGCCCAGGUACGGACUACGGCCCUAGUUGUUCAUCAUCAGUAGCUUUGUCCCGUACUCCGUACUUUUACCUGUUUGGUGUCAUCGCUCACGGCACCUUACGGUGCAUAACUAUAC